AAGACUUUUCUCCACCAGCACGCCACGCUGACUUCUCCACACUUGAAACAAAGCAUGCGGUUUUCUCGGGUACUGCUGUGUGUUCAGCUGGCUAUUGUGCUUCUGUCCGAUAUUCAAUGGACACUGAAUGCUCAUGCGAGGCCAGUGGAAGAGGUCCUCAACCACCCACACAAAAAUCCUUUCUCCGCCACGUUGUGCGCCGCCAUCUUGAAAUUUGACUGCAGUCUUCACAAAGUCACAGACCACGAGACAAUGUGUGGCACCGACCAAGUCACCUACCCCGACCACUGCGUGUUUGCCAAAGCAAGAUGUCGGCCAUCUUCCACCAUACUGUUCAAUCACAAAGGAGCCUGUGACGUCACGCCAUCUCCAGCCAGUCACAUGACCACCAUCCUUCCAAGCACCGUCACGUGGGGCCAUGACCCGGGAUAUGACCUGAUCAAAGACGUUUUCUGUACCAACAUCAACACCAUCAUCUGUGGGAAUCACGUAGACUCCGACAUCUGUGCCACGGAUGGGAAGGUGUACACAAACCAGUGCCUUUUUGCCAAAAUGAAAUGUUUCAAGCCUGACCUGGAGCCGACCAACCCCGCAAAGUGUCACGAGAACGGCCUCCCCUUGAAGUCAACACCGAAGUCUAUUCUGAUUGGAUAAAUUCAUGCCCAAUAUGACGAAAUGCAUGUUUCAAGUACCAUAUGAUGGACCUGUAUUUAAGCGAUGCGGACACUGAUUUCUGUACUGUAAAUAUGUCUGUGGUAUUAAACACCAGUA